AUGGCGUCGUCGGGGGACCUAUUCUCAGGGCGAGGGAAGAAGCUGUAUGCCCUUUUCAACAAUUUCCUCAAGGGGACAUCUCCUGUCAAGAACAAUCAAGAUGCAGAGCAUUUUCUCGAGGCUACGGACAUGAUCUGCCGACACAAAACGCCGGGAAUCUACGUUGAGUCUGUCGUGUCGAGCGCCAGGGGGAUCGAGGUGUUGAGCGGCGUCGUGCGCAGCGACCUGGGGCCGAGCUUUCUCGCAAAGGUGAUGAAGCUUCUGGUCAAGCACCUUGCCGACCCGCUGGUGAAGAACAUGAACAACGGCGGUUUCCUGCAGUCCCUGCUGGUUGCGAUUCUGCAUCCUCCGGCGUUCUGGUCAGCCCUCCUGAAGCAUCACCAGGCCUCGGGUUUUGCGCUUGAUGACGCCGAGACAUUCGCCUGGCUGUGCUUGGAGAUUGUCUCAACCAAGUGCCCCGAACUCGAGACGCCCUUCGGGGACGUGGUGGCUCUGAUGGAUCGCAAAGCCCUCCUUCAGUCCACCUUGCACCCGGUGAGGCAGGUGGCAUAUAGAAUCGAAAAAGUCCUUAGUCUGCACUCUGUCGCCGCCGUCGUCAACGUAGAUCAUGGCCCUGGGGGCCGCCACGACAACGACUUUUCCGACUUUCGCGCCAUUUCUCUCUUCCCCACCGCGGAUGAGAUUCGCUGCAAAGAAAUCCCGUUUCUGCAGCGGUUCGAUGACGUUUUUGACGGUCCGCGGGAAUCUCGGGCCGCAGACUACCUGUCUUGGCUGUUUAGGCUGCUCAGAGAAGACAUGCUUGCCGAAAUGAGAGAGGAUCUUGCCGUUGCAUGGGGCCAGAAGACAGCUCGACGGAAACCUUUUUGGCUUGGCGGGCUCAGCCUCUUGGGUUUUGGCGAAGACAGUGGCCGCCGCCACGACCCGCUGGUCCUCAGGCUCAAAUGUCGUGACGGCAUCGUGUUUCCAAGGCUGGUAGGUCGGCAGAGCAGGAAGAAGUUUCUGGAAGACUCCAAGUCCUUCAUGAGACACAAAGCAACGGGCGUGAUUUGCCGCGGAGACGACAUCGUUGCGUUUGGCAGCGUGGUUCGCAACAUCGACUUGCUGCUUACGCAGCCUCCCACUAUCCUCAUCAAGCUCGCGGACGUGGGGGCAAUGCAAAAGACAAUAGACUCGCUUCUCAAGGAGGCAACGUGCGACGAACUCCGCUUCUUCGUUGUAAAUACAGCUACCUUUGCCUACGAGCCCAUUCUGCAGCGGCUCAAAGAGAUUAUCGAAAUCCCGCUUGAAGACGCGCUCUUGCAGCCGGAAUCAGCCACUACUCGAGACGAACCACCCGCGAGUCUGGCACCGCUGCUGCGGAAGCUUGAAAGGGGGCUCGAGGAGGCAAAAGAAGUUGACUUGACGUCAAUCGCCAAAGUUGGCAAGCCUGUACGCAUCUCAGGUGCGCAGCUGGAGUGCCUCAUCAAUGGCUUGCAAAGCCGCGUCGGGCAAAUACAAGGUCCCCCAGGUACCGGAAAGUCAUUCAUCGGGGCCUUGAUAUUGAUCAUCAUCCUCAAUUUCACCGACUAUCGAGUUCUGGUGCUGAGUUAUACCAACCACGCCCUUGACCAAUUUCUCGAAGAGCUCAUGGAUUUCGGGGUAUCAACAAAUGACAUUGUGCGACUGGGUUCCAAGUCCACGCCGAAAACCGACGCACUCCGGCUAGACAAUCAAUUCAAAAAUAAAGAGUAUCGAUUCUCCAUCGGGGUCCAUGCCAUGAUUAAAAAGCUCAAGGCGCAAGACGCCGAUGUGAAGGGCAAGCUUGCUGCCGUGGGUGCCAAACUGGCGGCUGCAGGGAUAGACCCAGAGGACCUGCUUGCGAUGCUGGAGCUUUCCGGAGACGAUGGGCCGCUUUUCUGGACCGCAUUUCAAGUUCCAAUCCAAGAGGAUGGGUUCCGCGUAGUGGGCAAGAACAACAAGCCAAUGGAACCCGGCGAGAUUCUGGACAUAUGGAUUCGCGGUGACACCUCGCCGACGGUCCAGGCCCUGGUAGACAUGAUGGAUCCGCAAUGCCACCGAAUAUGGGAAAUGCCGGUCUCUUCACGAUCGGAUCUCGUGGCUCAGUGGUGCUCCAAGUUGAGGAGAGAUCAGAUGGAUGAAUAUUGCGACCUUGCGCGAUUGGCGACCAAGAUUCAGCAGCAAAUCGACAGUCUCUUCGACGAAACAAAGCGAAAAGUUUUUCGAAGCAAAAGGGUCAUCGGAUGCACGACUACGGCCGCGGCCAUGUACCAAUCCAUCCUGGCUUCAGCCGAGCCUGAUUUGGUUCUGGUCGAAGAAGCGGGAGAAAUUCUGGAAGCACACAUCGUUACUGCCCUCGGCCCGUCAGUCAAGAAGCUUGUGCUUAUAGGUGAUCAUAAGCAGCUUCGCCCGAAAGUCAACAGUUACGACCUGACCGUCGAAAAGGGCGACGGGUACAAUCUCAACGUGUCUCUUUUCGAGAGGCUGAUACAGCAAGGCCAUGCAUAUACUACCCUUCGGGAGCAGCAUCGAAGCCACCCCGACAUUUCGCACUUUACGCGUCGGCUUGCUUACGAGCAUCUCCAAGACCAUCCGAAAACCUCGGAGAGGCAGAAAAUUAGGGGUCUGAAGGGAAGGGUCAUCUUCGUCCAUCAUGAGCAUCAAGAAGACAAGCUUUCUGAUGGAGGCGAGAGCGCAAGGGGGGAAUCCAAGAAGAAUCUGUUCGAGGCUAAAAUGGUUCUCAAAACGGUCAGAUACCUUGGCCAGCAAGGGUAUAAGUCUAAGAACAUGGUGGUCCUGACCCCGUACUUGGGUCAGCUGUCACUGCUGAAAAGCCAGCUCAGCACUACACAUGAUCCUUGGCUUGAUGACCUGGACUCCAACAAUCUGGUGCAAGCCGGAUUGAUGACUGAGGCGACUGCUCAACUGAACAAAGAGCCGCUGCGGCUGUCUACGAUUGAUAAUUACCAAGGCGAGGAGAGCGAUAUUGUCAUCGCAUCGUUGACCAGAAGCAACGAUUCCGGAGAUAUUGGUUUCAUGGCCGCGCGGGAGCGGCUGGUAGUCCUCGUUUCAAGAGCGAGGGAGGGCAUCGUGCUCUUUGGGAAUAUGAACACCUUCAUAAAGAGCAAGAAAGGCGGUCCGUUAUGGCUGGAUUUCUUCCAAGCGUUGAAGGAGAAGGGUUGUUUAUUUGACGGCGUGCCUGUGUAUUGUCCGCGCCACCCCAACCGGACCGCGCUCCUGAAAUCAGAAGCGGAUUUUGACCGGCAUUGUCCAGAUGGAGGGUGUUCACAGCCGUGUGGCACGUUGCUCAGCUGCGGAAAGCAUACUUGCACGCGCAAAUGUCAUCAAGUAAAGGACCACUCCAAAGUACCCUGCCACGUAAAGAUACAAAAGACCUGUGAAAGAGGCCACAAGUCGAAUGUCAUCUGCUCGGCAACCGAUGAGGGCUGUGGACAAUGUGCUCGCGAGGACGAGAAGACUCGCCGACGUGCGGCGCAAGACUUAGAAUUGGAGACAUUGAGACAUGAGAGGCAAGCCGCAUAUGCUCGCCAGCUUGAUAAAAUCGAUGAUGAUAUUGAUCAUUGUGAGCGCGUCAUGGCGUACGAAAGUGAAGACGAAAGGCAGCGCAAGCAGAUUGAGGACAAGAAGGCCAAGCUUAAGGGUCUUCAAGAAACCCAGAAAAGGCGUCGAGUGGCCGAAAGUUUGAAGAAGGAACAAUUGCCAGCGAAGCAGUCCAUGGAAGGAAGUGCCAAGGAUUCAAGUUCCAGGAGUCCGGCUCAGCAAGAAUGGGAGGCCAUCAGGUCGCCAGGAGAUCUCGUCAACGACGCCCUGGACAAGCUCAUGGACUUGAUUGGUCUCGAAUCUGUCAAGGAGGAGUUUCUAGCCGUCAAAUCCAACAUCGAUACCAAGAUACGACAAGGUGUAUCGUUGUCGGAGGAAAGGUUGAGCUGCUCAUUAUUGGGCAAUCCGGGAACUGGAAAAACAACGGUUGCCCGACUGUGGGGAGAAUUUCUCGCGUGCACGGGAGUUCUCCCGGGAAAUGCCUUUCAGGAAACCACGGGGUCCAAACUGGCAAACAUGGGCGUCUCUGGCUGCGAAAAGCUGUUGGAGGAUCUCAAGAACAACAAAGGGGGCGUGCUCUUCAUAGACGAGGCUUAUCAGCUAUCGUCGGGAAAUAAUCCCCAAGGCAAAGCAGUCUUGGAUUACCUCCUUGCCGAGGUAGAAAACCUCCGAGGCAAAGUAUCAUUCAUUGUCGCGGGCUAUAGAGAGCAGAUGGAAACGUUCUUUGCUCACAACCCCGGGUUUCCCAGUCGGUUCCCCAUUGAAAUGCGAUUCAAUGACUAUUCGGAUGACGAACUGCUCCAGAUUCUCCAACGGCAGGUUGAGCGACGAUUCCAAGGCAGAAUGAAUGUCGAAGGCGGGCCGGACGGCCAGUACUUCCGAAUAGCAGCUCGGCGAAUCGGUCGCGGUCGAGGCAAAGAAGGUUUUGGCAAUGCGCGUGCUGUCGAAAAUGCCCUGGCACAAAUGGAGAAGAGGCAAUCAAAACGGUUGCGCCAAGAACGGCUAUCCGGUGGCACGCCUGACGACAACCACCUCACCAAGGAAGACAUCAUCGGUCCGGAGCCCUCUGCGACGUUAAGCAAGUGCGAGGCGUGGCAAGCGCUGAACGACAUGAUUGGUCUUGACGAAGUGAAGCAACAAGUCAAAAUUCUUCUCGACUCACUGACAACGAAUUACCAAAGAGAGCUCAGAGACGAACCUCUUAUGACUUUCUCUCUUAAUCGUGUGUUCAUCGGCUCUCCCGGGACUGGGAAAACGACAGUGGCCAAGCUAUAUGGCCAGAUACUAGCGUUAUUGGGCAUGUUGUCAAACGGCGAGGUAGUUGUCAAGACGCCAGCCGACUUUAUUGGAUCCGUGUUGGGACAGUCCGAGGCACUGACCAAAGGCAUUCUGGCCUCCACGGUAGGCAAGGUGCUCGUCAUUGACGAGGCAUAUGGGCUGCGAGGCGGCGGCGACGCCUCUGGCUCGUCUGUCGCUGAUCCAUAUAGGACUGCCGUCGUGGAUACCAUCGUCGCUGAGGUUCAAAACGUGCCUGGCGAAGACAGAUGCGUUAUCCUUCUUGGAUACAAGGACCAAAUGGAAGAGAUGUUUCAGAACGUCAACCCAGGGCUUAGCCGGCGCUUCGCUGCCGACUCCCCAUUUGUGUUCCAGGAUUUUGAUGACGACGCGCUGUUGCAGGUACUCAACCUGAAACUCAAGCACGGUGGAUUCAGCGCGACGGAACAAGCCAAGAAAGUCGCCAUAGAGAUUCUCGUCCGGGAGCGUAACCGGCCGAAUUUUGGUAAUGGUGGCGCCGUUGACAACCUCUUGAGCAAAGCAAAGAGCGGCUAUCAAAAACGAGCAUCUGCUGGGAAAGCGGAGGCAAAUGUGCUGGAAGCCAUCGAUUUUGAUGCAGACUUUGACCGCAGCAGCGCCACUGAUAUUGAGCGGCUUUUCGCAGGAGACAUUGGGCGCGGAAAGAUCGUAGCGUUGCUCAAGGGCAUUCAGAAUCGAGUGCGAGAACUGAGGGAGCUUAAUAUGGACCUCACUGAUGAAAUCCCGUUCAACUUUCUCUUCCGAGGUCCCCCGGGAACAGGGAAAACGACGACGGCAAGAAAGAUGGGCAAGGUGUACUAUGACAUGGGAUUUCUCAGUGCGGCGCAAGUAGUGGAAUGCUCAGCGACAGACUUGAUCGGCCAGUACGUGGGUCAAACCGGCCCAAAGGUCCAACAGCUCUUGAACAAGGCGCUUGGGAAAGUCCUGUUCAUCGAUGAAGCAUACCGUCUUGCAGGACCCGGCUUUGCAAAAGAGGCAGUCGACGAGCUCGUGGACUCGGUCACCAAAGAGAAGUACAAGGGCAAGCUCAUCAUCAUCCUGGCUGGCUACGUCAAGGAUAUCAACCAUCUUCUAUUGGUGAAUCCGGGCAUGACGAGCCGCUUCCCCGAGACGAUUGAUUUUGAGCCGCUCAGCGCCGAAGAUUGCCUCAAACUCCUCACGAGCUUGCUCUCCAAGAAGAAACUCAAGAUUGAAGGAAAGGGGAAGAAGAUGGAUAUUGCAUGCUUGGAGUCGAGGGCAGCUUCGUUCGAAAAGAAAGUCUUGGAGUCAUUCCGGUCCCUGGCGCGUGUCGAAGGCUGGGCCAGCGCAAGAGAUGUGGAACAGCUCGCCAGAAAUGUCUUUCGCAAGGUGGAUCUUACUCAUGAGGUGCUCAAGGUUGAAGAGGACCAAAUCAGCCAAGAGAUGAUCAUGAUGCUUCGAGAACGGUCUCAGCGAGAACGGAACGUGCUUUCCCCGGGUCUGGAUGAGCUUCUGGCGAGCCACCACGCCCAAAAUGACUGGCGACCUCUGUCGACGAGCCAAACCUUGACGUCUAUCGCUGCCCAGCCAGAUGUUGAUUCUACGAGCCACGAUGGAAGCCUCAACGCAGUCGAGCCCGAGUUGAAUGCAUCGGCAGAUGUGAUGCAGGGCAUUCGCGAUGCCGGCGUAAGCGACGAGGUCUGGGAACAACUUCAACGAGACAGAGCGGAGGAGCAACGACAGGAGGAAGAGUACCGCAAGCUGAAAGAGGCACAGAAGUCGGCUACGGGUGCAAACCGGGAGCGUAUCGUGAAGCAGUUGAUAGAAGAGGAGAGACGCAGGCGGCAGGAGGAAGCUAAGAAGGCCAAGCUCAUGGCACUGGGAUCAUGCCCCGCGGGAUACCAAUGGAUCAGACAGAGUGACGGGUACAGAUGUGCUGGAGGGUCACAUGCCAUGUCGGACAAGGAGGUCAGUAGUCUCUUGUGA